AUGCGGAGAGCGGACGACCAGUACAAAGUGCUGGGCAUCCUGAUGGGGAAAGACGAGGUGGUCUGCGCCCUACUGAAGAUCGGGCAGACCAUCUCGCUCUGGAACCUCAGGGCGCUCACUGUAAAAGGGAAGGUGCUGGUCGUCAACGCCCUCUGCAUGUCCACGCUGGUGCACACGCUGACAGUGCUCCACCUGCCGGGCGACGUCGCAAACAGACUGAGAGGGACCGUCGGCCGCUUCAUUUGGAGGGGGGAGAGGACGCUCGUGGCCCACGAUACCUGCGUGGGGGGCGACGACAGCGGGGGUCUGGGACUUGUGGACCUAGUCAAAAAAAAGAAUGCCCUAAGACUAAAAUUGGUCCGCAAGUUCUGGGACCCCCUCUGUCACGCCCCCUGGAAACCCUUCUUUGGCCACUCCAUGGCCCUGGAAGGCAGCCAGGGUAUAUAUAAGCUCUGCCAGAUGCUGCCACCUUCGAUGCUGGACGGCCUGCCCCCAUUCGAACGGGAGGCGUGGACGGCGUGGCGAACGCUGCGGCCCUGGGCGAUCGCCACGCCGGCCACGACCGAGCAGCUGUCCAGCAUCCCCCUGCGGUUCAACCCGGAUCUCCUGUCCAGCCCACCCGCCCCUCAGGAGUACAUGACUCUUUCUGUUCUACUCUCCUCCAAACUGGCUACCUCCCCUCCCUCUCUGUCUGAAAACCCUUCUGAACUUGUUUCUCACUACAACAACACCCUAUCCUCCUGUCUUGACGAACUGGCCCGCACCAAAACUAAAACCGUCUCUUUCACCCAUACUGCCCCCUGGUACACCCCUGAGCUCCAUCAAAUGAAGUCCCCCCCCCUGCAGCAGGGAGUCCCCCAAGGUUCGGUGCUUAGUCCUCUCCUCUUCAUUCUCUACAUCCUCCCCCUCGGCAACAUCAUUCGUCGUCACGGUCUCCGUUUUCACUGCUACGCUGACGACAUCCAACUUUACAUUUCCACAACAUCCAUCAACCCCACAAUCCACUCCACUCUCACCCACUGCCUAACAGACAUUAAAAACUGGAUGAAUCACAACUUCCUCAAACUUAACAGCGACAAAACAGACUUCAUCAUCAUCGGUCCACACAACAUCGCCAAAUCCUCACAACACUUCACCCUCCACUUUGACAACACCACACUCUCUCCAUCCUCACUCAUCCGUAACCUCGGUGUGCUCCUCGACCCCACUCUUUCAUUUGAACCCCACGUCAAGCACAUAACCCGGACUGCAUUCUUUCACCUCAAAAACAUAGCCCGUCUCCGCCCAUCACUCACCUUCUGUGCCGCUGAAACUCUCAUCCACGCAUUCAUUACAUCCAGAAUCGACUACUGCAAUAGCAUCCUCUACGGUACACCAUCCAAAACCCUCAACAGACUACAGUACAUUCAGAACUCUGCUGCCCACCUCCUCACCCACACCCGCUCACAUGAACACAUCACUCCUGUCCUCCACAAGCUCCACUGGCUCCCCGUCCCUCAGCGCAUCCACUUCAAAAUCCUUCUUAUCACAUUCAAAGCUCUCCACAACCUGGCCCCUCCUUACCUCACAGACCUGCUCCACCACCACACUCCAUCUCGCUCCCUCCGCUCCUCCAGCUCCAACCUCCUGUCCCUGCCCUGUAGGACCAAGCUCCGAACCUGGGGGGACAGAGCCUUCUCCAUCGCUGCCCCGACCCUCUGGAACUCACUACCAAAACCCCUCCGUGACUGCUCUGACCUCCCCACCUUCAAGAAAGAACUCAAAACUCACCUGUUCAAAAUCGCU